AUCUAUUACAACACCUUACAUCAAACAAUCUCCCCUUAUCAACAAUAAAAAAAAUGAAGUUUUCAACCACCGCUGCCUUAGCUGUCUUGGCCUCUAGUGCCUGUGUUUCUGCUGCCCCAUUGGACAUGAACUCUUUUGGUUCCGAUCAAACCUUGGUUAAGAGAGAACAAGUCAAUGAAAUUUUGGAAAUCCUCCAAGAGAUUCAAAACUUCAAGGCUAAGAGAGAUGUCACCGACAAUGAAGAAGAAUUGAUGGAAUUACUCAAGCGUGAAGGUUCUGCUUUCAGUGAUUUGAUUUCUAGUAUACUUAAUUCUGGUCUUAUCAAGGAUGUCUUCAACAAAUUGAUUAGUGACCCAACCAUUAUCAAUGUCAUCAAGGGUGUUGUUCAAGCUGCUUUCAAAACUGCCGCCGUCCAAGGUGUUGCUUUAGCCAAAGCUUUGUACAACUCCGGAUUAUUGGGUGAUAUCUUCAACAAGAUUGUUAAUGACCAAGGUAUAAAGGGUGCCUUCUUAGAUCUUAUUAAGGGAUUCUUGUCUAACGCAUCUGCCAUUUUCUUCCCAUCUGCUGCCCCAGCAGCAGGUUCUAGUAAGAGAGAAGAAGUCAAGUUUGAAUUCAAGAGAGAAGAACUUAAGGAAAUUACCCUCCCAGAAGGUGAAUACCUCGACAAGAGAGACCUCGCUGAUGUAAUUGGAUUGAUUGUUAAUGCCGUCAAGAGUUCUGGUCUCGUCCAACAAUUGAUUCAAAAGGUGUUUGACAAUCCACAACAAACUAUCGACUUCUUGACCUGGGCAUUCAAGACUGGUACUGUUGCUGCCACUGAAGUCUACAACUGGAGUAAGGAAAGUGGUGUCUUGGACAGCAUGUUGAACUACAUCAAGGCUAACGGUGGAACUUGGGCUGGAUAUCUCGGUAACUGGCUUAGCGAAGCCCUCAAGAACGGUACCGUCACUCAAAGUGAUCUUCAACAAGCUGCUUCUGCACAACCAGCAGCUGCAACCACUACAACCGCUGCUACUGCUUCCGGUACCGGUUCGGACCCAGUCCUUUCCUCAUUGGCUGCUAAGUACGGUCAAAAGAAGAGACAACUUUACUAAACCUUCGUCUAAACAUACCCGCGUUAUAUACUUCGAUACUAGCUAUGAUUUCUUUAGGUAUUUAUUUUUAAUUUUAAUUGUUUACUGAUUUAU